AUGGCUGAGGAGGAAGCUCCUAGGAGACGUACUCUGGCAGAUGUUACUACAGUUGUUGGCCCUCAUCACUUCAACAGUAUUGCAAGACGUAGGGUUAAUGCUACAAAUAUGGAGGUCAAACCUGCAUUGAUUCAAUUGGUGAAAAGCAACCAAUUCAAUGGACUGUCUCAUGAAAAUCCAUAUGAACAUUUGACUACAUUCAAUGAAAUUUGCAACACGGUGAAGAUCAAUGGUGUGCCAGAUAAAGCUAUCAAACUUAGUUUGUUUCCUUUCUCAUUGGGAGGAAAUGCUAAGCUAUGGUUGAAUUCUUUUCCGGAGAAUAGCUUUACCAGAUGGGAGGACGUGAAGUCAAAAUUUUUGAACAAGUACUUCCCCCAGUCUAAAAUCAACAAAGGUCUUAGCUCUCAGACAAAGCUUAUGCUAGAUGCCUCAGCUGGAGGUAAUAUAGAGAGAAAGACUAUUGAGGAGGCUUAUGAAUUGAUAGAGAAUAUGACAGCCAAUGACAAUGAGAUGCACAAUGAAAGAGGAAAUCUUCUUCAACAAAAGGGAAUUCUCAAAUUUCUAACUGAAGAUGCCUUGCUUGCUCAGAACAAACUUAUAACUCAACAGUUGGAGAAUUUGACAAAGACAAUUUCUCAACUACCUGAAGAACUGAAGAAUGUUUCACAGGGUAAUUUCAAUCAAGGUAAUUACAAUCAAGGUUGGAAAAAUCACCCAAGCAUUGGGCAAAGUCAGAAUGGUCAAGCUGGACAAGCAGGAGGUCAAUUCAACAGACCACAACAGCCACCACCAAUAUGGCAACAAGUAUCUACUUAUACUGAAAAAGUUAGUAGUUUUAAGGAGAAGUUGGACAAAUUUAUGAAGGUGUAUGAAUCCAAAGUUAAAAGUGAUGAAGCUACUUUCAGAGAUAUGCAUAUGCAGAUUGACCAUUUAGCCAAAAGGGUGGAGGAAAAGGAGAAAUAUCAAUUUGGGGCUAAUACCAAGGUUAAUCCUAGAGAAGAUUGUAAGGUUGUGUGGCAAAAGAGAGAAGAGAGAAAGUAUGAGCGCUUUAGAGAAAUCUUCAAUCAAAUGGAGAUUACUAUACUGUUGACUGAAGCACUUCAACAAAUUCCUGUUUAUGCAAGACGUAUAAAGCAUUAUCUUGGAGAAAAGAUAGAUCUUGAUGAGAAAGCUACUGAGGAACAGGAAGGUUGCAAUGACUCUUUGAAGAAAGAACACCCUCCAAAAGUAAAGGAUUCAGGAAGUUUUACCAUUCCUUACGCCAUUGGGAGUGUGAAGAUAGGGAAAACCUUACGUAAUUUAGGGUCAAGUAUUAACUUGAUGCCCCUAUCUAUGAUGAAGAAGAUUGAUGGUCUUACAUUGAAGCCGACAAAGAUUUCCUUGAUCAUGGCGGAUGGAUCACCAAAGAAACCUUAUGGUGUGAUGGAGGAUGUUGUGAUUCGCAUUGAAAGGCUUGAUUUCCUUGUUGACUUUGUGGUGAUAGAGAUGAAGGAGGAUGACAAGAUCUGA